CUGAUUAUUUCCAAAAGCGGUCCAUUGGCUUAACCAUAAACCCUAGAACAAGAAGAAGAAGACAAGGAUGGGGAGAGGGAAGAUUGUAAUCCGAAGGAUCGAUAAUUCUACAAGUAGGCAAGUGACCUUUUCAAAGAGAAGAAAGGGGUUGAUUAAGAAGGCGAAAGAGCUUGCAAUACUAUGUGAUGCAGAAGUUGGUCUUGUCAUCUUCUCCAGCACUGGAAAACACUAUGAAUUUGCAAGCUCCAGCAUGAAAUCAGUUAUUGAACGAUAUAGCAGCAUGAAAGAGGAACACCAGCAGUUGUUGAAUCCAACAUCAGAAGUCAAGUUUUGGCAAAGAGAGGCUGCAAUCUUGAGACAACAACUACAUAAUUUGCAGGAAAACCAUCGGAAACUCAUGGGUGAACACCUUUCUGGUUUGAGUGUUAAAGACCUGCAGAAUCUAGAGAAUCAACUGGAGAUGAGUAUGAGGGGUGUUCGCAUGAAAAAGGAACAGUUAUUAACUGAUGAAAUACAAGAAUUAAGCCGCAGGGGGAACCUCAUUCACCAGGAGAAUGUGGAACUGUACAAGAAGGUAAAUCUGAUCCAAAAAGAAAACAUGGAAUUGUACAAGAAGGUUUAUGGAACAAGGGAUGUAAAUACAUCAGGUGGAAACGCCUUGAAUUCAUAUGGUUUUGACUCUGGAGAGGGUUCAGAUGUCCCUUUUCAUCUUCGACUAAGCCAACCUGAGGCACAAACUUGUAACCCACCAAAUAGAGAUAAGGAUUAAAGAAGCACAAGAAAGAACGUAAGAAUGCAGUGAGGAUUCAGACACGUUACUUCAUCCUCAGCAAACCCCAAGUCUAUAAGAAAAUUAUUCUUGGAGAGAUGAUCUACAUGAAGGACGAUCGGUACAAUGAGUAAUCUGGCAUUGUUUGUGGCAGUACAAUAAAUUCACUAUAAGUUAUCAGAGAACCAGGAAUCCAUGCAAGUGCAAAGCAAAAUAUAAAAUAAAAUACUGUUUACAUAAAAGUAUCUCCUUCAUCAAAAAGAUUUUAACCAUUGUCAGUGAGA